UGUUUUCUAAAUUAAUCACUUUUGGUUCACCUCUUCAUUUAUUUAUUCAUUUUGUGCUGCAGGUUGAACUUCAGUUUCAGUUAAAUCGCUUACCCCUCUGUGAAAUGCAUUAUGCCUUGGACAGGAUUAAGGACAACAGUAUUUUGUUUCCAGAUGUCAGCAUGACUCCCACCAUACCCUGGAGUCCCAACAGACAAUGGGAUGAGCAGUUGGACCCACGACUAAAUGCUAAGCAGAAAGAGGCUGUUCUGGCUAUCACUACUCCACUUUCAAUACAACUGCCUCCUGUUCUUAUCAUCGGUCCCUAUGGGACAGGAAAAACGUUCACUCUGGCUCAGGCAGUCAAGCACAUACUCCAACAACAGGAUACUAGGAUUCUCAUUUGCACCCAUUCUAAUAGUGCUGCUGAUCUCUACAUAAAGGAUUAUUUACAUCCAUAUGUAGAAGCAGGCAAUCCCCAGGCAAGACCUCUCAGGGUAUAUUUCAGAAACCGCUGGGUAAAGACUGUCCACCCAGUUGUGCAUCAGUACUGUUUGAUUUCAAGCACACAUUCCACCUUUCAGAUGCCCCAGAAAGAAGACAUUCUUAAGCAACGAGUAGUAGUUGUUACUUUAAAUACGUCACAGUAUCUAUGUCAACUGGAUCUUGAACCAGGUUUUUUUACACACAUUCUGUUAGAUGAAGCUGCGCAAGCUAUGGAGUGCGAAACUAUUAUGCCUCUAGCAUUAGCUAAUAAAAACACAAGAAUUGUCUUGGCUGGAGACCAUAUGCAGCUCAGUCCUUUUGUCUACAGUGAAUUUGCCAGGGAAAGAAACCUUCAUGUUUCAUUGCUUGAUCGGCUCUAUGAGCACUACCCGGCAGAAUUUCCAUGCAGGAUCUUGCUGUGUGAGAACUAUCGCUCCCAUGAAGCUAUCAUCAAUUAUACAUCAGAACUUUUCUAUGAAGGCAAAUUGAUGGCAAGUGGAAAGCAGCCAGCACACAAAGAUUUCUACCCUUUGACUUUCUUCACAGCACGUGGAGAAGAUGUACAAGAAAAAAAUAGUACAGCUUUUUACAAUAAUGCAGAGGUGUUUGAAGUAGUAGAGCGUGUUGAAGAAUUAAGAAGAAAAUGGCCUGUUGCCUGGGGCAAAUUGGAUGAUGGCAGUAUAGGUGUCGUAACACCUUAUGCGGAUCAAGUGUUUAGAAUUCGGGCUGAGCUUCGGAAGAAAAGACUGUCUGAUGUCAGUGUAGAGAGAGUGCUAAAUGUUCAGGGAAAACAGUUUAGAGUUUUGUUUCUGAGCACAGUACGAACACGGCAUACAUGCAAACAUAAGCAAACACCAAUUAAAAGGAAAGAGCAGUUACUGGAGGAUUCAACAGAAGACUUGGAUUAUGGUUUUCUGUCUAAUUACAAACUUCUCAACACUGCCAUUACAAGAGCACAAUCCUUGGUAGCUGUGGUGGGAGAUCCUAUUGCUUUAUGUUCCAUUGGAAGAUGCAGGAAAUUUUGGGAAAGGUUUAUUGCCCUAUGUCACGAGAAUGAAAGUCUCCACGGUAUCACAUUUGAACAGAUCAAAGCUCAAUUGGAAGCUUUGGAGUUAAAGAAAACUUAUGUGUUGAACCCACUGGCUCCUGAGUUUAUCCCCCGAGCUCUUCGGCAUCAACAUUCAGCAAAUACCACCAAACAACAGCAGUCACCACCAAAGGGCAAGGUGCAUCAUCAUAACCAGAAUGACCAUUUCCCACCUGAUGGAAUUGUUCAGCCCAAUCCUUCUGUUCUAAUUGGAAAUCCUAUCCGAGCAUAUACUCCUCCCCCUCCUCCUCUGGGACCUCAUCCCAAUCUGGGGAAGUCUCCAAGUCCUGUUCAAAGGAUAGAUCCACACACUGGGACAAGUAUUCUAUAUGUACCUGCUGUCUAUGGAGGAAAUAUGGUCAUGUCUGUGCCUUUGCCUGUACCAUGGACGGGGUAUCAGGGUAGGUUUGCAGUUGACCCUCGAAUCAUUACUCAUCAAGCAGCUAUGGCAUAUAAUAUGAACCUGUUACAGGCACAUGGGCGUGGGUCUCCUAUACCUUAUGGCCUAGGACAUCAUUCACCAGUUGGCAUAGGACAACAGCAGCAGCUUCAGCAUCAAGACAAGGAGCAACAUGAACAAAGUAGAAACGGUAAAAAUGAAAACAGUGCUGGACCUGAAAUUAGUAAAAUUCGAACACCUGAGAAGAAACCUCUGGAAUCCAAGCAGGUUGACUUAGAAGUGAAUUCUCAGAAUAGAAGCCCAGAAUCACGUUCCAGUGUUGGUUAUCCUAAUGCAAAAUUUCAUCGCAAAGAUAAUCUUAACCCCAGGCAGCUGAAUCUACAUCUAACCCCACCCCACUCACAGUAUGCAGUUCCCAAUCGCCACUUCCAGCACCUGCCACAGAUACCAAGGCAGCCUUAUCCUCUGCAACAGCAGCAAAACCUUUUAAGUCAACAACAAAAUCAUUUGCCUGAGCAACAAAACCAAAUGCCACCCCAGCAAAGCCAGGUAGUUCAGCAGCAUAAUCAUUUGAAUCAGCAGCCUCCACAACCUUCGCAGCUUUCCCCUGCUUACCAGGCAGGCCCCAGCCAAUCCUUUUUUAAUAAUCCAAUUCCCCACCGACCACAUUCUCCUGCUGUAGAUGCUGUGAUUUCAGAACACCCCCCCCCACCUAUGUUACAAGAAGUCAGUAAUCCUUUGAGGCCUAUUGCACAGCACAACCCUCUUCUGCCAACCCACUUGAACAACUUCAUUGAAGAGAAUCCAUCAGGAAAGGACACUUUAGAUCGUAUGCAUGGAAAUGUAGCUUUGGAAACAAUAAGGCAGCAACAACAAGCCAGGUUACAGCAAUGGAAUGAACAUAAUGCCUAUCUCAGUCAAGGCACUAUUCCAUAUCAACACCAUCACCAUCCUCAUCUACCACAUCUUCCUCAGCAACCAAUUGGAUUGCAUCAACAGCAGCAAGUUAGGGCAAACUGGAAACUUGCCAGUAAUACAGAAGAUGAAACAGAGGCAACAUAUUCAAGAUUCCAGGAUUUGCUCAGAGAACUGUCACACCGUGAUCAAAGUGAAAGUCGGGACUUAGCUGAAAUGCCACCCCCUCAGUCAAGACUGUUGCAAUAUAGACAAGUUCAGCCCAGAAGCCCACCAGCACUCCCAUCUCCUUCCUGCAACUCUAACCACAGUGGUCACUUCCCUAACUUCACUGAAAACAACAGAGACAUUGAAAUACCCAGUAACCCAGCAUUUCAGCAACAUUUACCCCAAAUAUACAAUCCUCCUUUCUCAAUGCCAUCUGAACAUAUAACCCCUUCUCCCUUGAAAUACCUGCAACCUGAUGGAUCGUGGACUUAUGCUAACCUACAGCAGAAUCACCUUAUGGGGCAGGGCUUUCAUUAUGGUAUACCUCCAUUGCCCCACAGGUCACAACAAAGCCCUUUUAUACAAAUACAGAAUCAUCAGCACGCAGUUGGUCAGGAGCCAUUUCAUCCACUCGCAUCUCGAGCAGUAUCUGCUUCUUCGCUCCACAGCUUAGAAGAGUAUGAACCAAGAGGACCAGGCAGGCCGUUGUACCAAAGAAGAAUUUCCUCUAGUUCAGUCCAGGCUUGUUCUGAAGAAUUAAGCACUCCUCAAGACAGUCUUGGUCAGUGUAAAGAGCUUCAGGACCACAAUAACCAGUCGUCUUUCAACUAUUCAUCACCUGAGUUGUGGGUAAACUCCUCUUCAUCUGCCCCAUACCCAAACAUUCCAUGCAAUGGAGCCAACAGAGCAGUUCCACCCCGGGAGUUGUUAGCUCCACCGAAGACGGUCAAGCCCCCAGAGGAACACCUGAAGGCCGAGAACAUACAACUAUCCAAUUCCUUCAACUACAGCGUGCUACAACAUCUUGGCCAGUUCCCGCCUCUCAUGCCCAACAAGCAGAUCGUCGAGUCGAACAGCAACAGCCAGCAGAACGCUGGUGGGAGCAAGCCUGUCAUGUCCUACGCAAGUGCUCUGCGGGCUCCGCCAAAGCCCAAACCUCCUCCUGAGCAGACAAAAAAGAAUAGCGACCCUUUGUCUUUGUUUCAGGAACUUAGCCUAGGUAGUUCAUCAGGUAGCAAUGGCUUUUACUCCUAUUUUAAAUAAUCAGAUUAUUUUUUUUAGAGAGAAUUUAAUUUUUAUUUGUGUCAGUAGAUCUGAGAUAGUUGGGGCUUCACCUGUAGUUGCAAAUAUUCCCUUUGUUUAUAUUAGUAAAUAUAUCCUCACUUAAUUGCUUUGCUGCUAGACUUGCAACUAAUUUUUUUAAUUAUAUUCCAUUAUUUUGCAUUUUUUGAUGUGGGUCGGUUUUUUGGAAGCUUUUCUGUAGGAAAACACACAUGUUAUUUUUUAAUUUGUGUAAUGUUAAUGAUAUGUUGCAUUAAACUAGCAGCUGAGAGGUUACCUGUACAACUUUAAAAAAGAAAAAAAAAAAAAAAAAAAACAACUUUAAAAA